AUGGGUGAUGCCACUUGUGGCCCAUCGAACGCGUUACAGAACUUCCAGAAGCAUGCGUCGGUCGACCGCACCCUGCAACAAGACCGCUUCAUUAGCCGACAGCCUCCGGCGCAGGGUUUCCGCUCACAGAACUCGCGGGAUGGUAUCCUGGACCCCGAAUUCGCGGCCUUUGAGGCUAAUUUGGGAGGGCCUGCCUUACCAAAUGUACAGCAUCCUGCCCAGACUCACUUUGGAGCCCCGGCACAAGCUCCAGUAACCUCCCCAAGCGCCAACUGGGCAUCUGACUUCCAAAACCUUCAUAUAUCGGGCCCGGCGGCCCCGCAACUACAAAAUGUCCCUGUCGCGCAAAUGGGGUGGCAGAACGAAUUCCUCAACCAGCAAGCGGAGCAGCGUGGCCCAGCGUUUCAUUCCCAAACCCGCCCAGUACAGAGUCAUGGCUAUCAACCGGCAUUUGCUCCUAGCCGCUCAAUAUACAAUAGCUCCAUGAAUUCCAUGAACAUGCAGCCAGCUCACCAAGGCGUAGGAACCGAGCAAAAUACCGAGCAGCAUCAAUUUGACGACUCGGCCUUCGAGGCUGCGUUUGCACAAGCGCGGGCGGAUUUGGAACUACAAGAGCAUGAAGCUGUUUCCGCAGAGGCCGAGAAAAAGGAAGAAAUAGAGCCAGAGCCAUUGCCUCAGACCCUGGGAACGGUCCAUGAAGAGAUACGAAUCGGUUCCGACACUAUUUCUCAGACCGAUCAAAAUCCACAGACCCAGACCCACGAUGCCGAUGCUCUAGCACAAACUGCGGGAGAGCUCCUUGAAAGUGUCCGACAUGAGCAAAGCCCGAAGUUCCAACAGAGUAAUUUCCUUGCCUUGAUGCGCCGCAUCCGUGAUCGCGAGGUUCAGGUGGAAGGAGACGAGUUUCGCGAAACGGUUCAGUCUCUUCAUCCUGGCGGUCGGCAUUACCCAGGGCAAUCUUUCCCCGGAGAUUCUGUCGUAUCGUCCGACAGUAUAAGUAAGGAGCAUUCCCUCCCUUCUGACCAGGCAUAG